GCAUGACUCAUUGCCCUUUUCCGUUUUGGUUUGUAUUGCUCAAGCAGACAUUCGUGCCUUUCUAAAUUUAAAAAGCGAAACGAAUAUUUAUUACAGAGCCACAGAAAGACACACUCCCACCCCAUUUUAAUGUAAUGCUCAAGAAUUCGAGGCACUCCUGUGUGCGGCGAGACGGCAGUCCGGCAAAACGCUGAUUGCGCGCACUGGCCGAUAGGCGGCGCCUUUGCCCCGGCCUGGGACACACGUAAAUCGUCUGGGAGCAGUCUUAUUUGCGCUGCGAGCCAGAUUGGGGCGACUCGAUUCAGCCUUUUUUCUUUUAAAUAAGGCAGGGAGAGCCCUCCCACCUUCACCCUCUUCCUAGCUGGCUAGUAACGUAACAAAACCCGCCGUUAGAGAAGCGCUUUAAGGCACUGAAGUGCAUCUGGCAGCCGGCGUAGGCAGGCUAUACUGCGCGGGGAUCUCAAAGUCAAGGGCAAAAUUGCAUUUAUGGCCAUUUUCCCCGCGAAAUCGUUCAGCGUGAUAGACCGCUGAUCGAAUGGUGCUCCGCGCAGAAUUGCUGGAGGCCAGCAUGAGGAUCCUCGCGUUUUAGGCGAAGGCGAAGUGGCCCGAUGGUCUUCGUCGGAUCUGAAGGUAUUCCUCGGGCGCCCAGCCCCGAUGCUUCUUUCGUGUGAACGCGAACACCGAGACGGACGGCGGCAAAACACGGAAGAGGAAACCCACCAGGAUUCGCGUCCCGGGCGUCUUCGCAUUUCGCUCCCGAGGCUUCGUUUCAGGUGGUGGGCUCGGGGUUUUGGCGCAUCGGGGCUAACAGGAUUUUACUGGCAAUCAUCUUCAAAAAGCCAAGCCAAGCAAAGCUGACACAGGAGAGGGACGGACGAAGUUUGACAUUUUUCGAUGCUGGACACAGAUGUUUCCGGGGACCUGAUCUUCUCUAUGGACUGUUUCAUCAAUGAGUUCCACAGCGGUUCUUUGACAAAACUCAGCUAGAAACCAACCAGAUCCCCUCCCCCAUCCCCACCCCCCACCCUGGUUCACCAUGCUGAUCAAAGAGUACCGCAUCCCCAUGCCCAUGAGUGUGGAGGAGUACCGCAUCGCGCAGCUCUACAUGAUCCAGAAGAAGAGCCGCGAGGAGACCUGCGGCGAGGGCAGCGGUGUGGAGAUCCUGGAGAACCGGCCAUACAUCGACGGCCCGGGAGGCUCAGGCCAGUACACCCACAAAGUCUACCACAUCGGUCUGCACAUCCCCAGCUGGUUCCGCUCCAUCCUGCCCAAAGCUGCACUGCGGGUGGAAGAGGAGUCCUGGAAUGCCUACCCUUACACCCGCACUCGGUACACGUGUCCCUUUGUGGAGAAGUUCUCCAUCGAUAUUGAGACAUACUACAAACCUGACACAGGGAACCAGCUGGAUGUUUUCAACAUGUCGCCUGUCGAGAGGAGGCAGAGAACUCUGGACCCCAUCGAUAUCGUAAAGGACCCUAUCCCCCCCCAUGAGUACAAGGCAGAGGAGGACCCUCGGCUCUAUAAGUCGGUGAAGACAAAAAGAGGCCCGCUACCGGAGGACUGGAUCGAGGACUUUAACAACAACCCCGACAAGAAGCCCAUCAUGUGUGCCUACAAGCUGUGCAAAGUGGAGUUCCGCUACUGGGGCAUGCAGUCAAAAAUUGAGCGCUUCAUCCACGACGUGGGGCUGCGGAAGGUGAUGGUGCGAGCUCACCGGCAAGCCUGGUGCUGGCAGGACGAAUGGUACGGCCUGACCAUGGAGGACAUCCGACAACUGGAGCUGGAGGCGCAGGUGAUGCUGGCACAGAAGAUGGCCCAGUUCAGCUGCACGGAGGAAGGCGCUGAGGCGGGCCGGGGCGGGGCGGCCGGCUCCCCCGAGAAGGAGCAGGGCGGCAAAGAAGCAGCCGGCACCGCAGAGGCAGAGGGCAGGCCGGCGGGGGCCGACACGCUGCAGGCGCGCGCCGCUCUCACCAAGCAGUGGUCUACCUCCUCCAAGUCCUCUCGCUCGUCCAAGCGGGGAGGUAGUCCCUCUCGGCAGAGCAUUUCGGAGUGGAGGAUGCAGAGCAUCGCACGGGACUCGGAGGAUAGCUCCGAAGAGGAGUUCUUCGACGCACAUGAGGACCUUUCAGACAGCGAGGUGGUCUUCCCUAAGGAGAUAACCAAGUGGAGCUCCAAUGAUUUGAUGGACAAGAUUGAGGCUACGGACCCAGAUGAAGCCCAAGGAGAGCUGUACCAGGAGACCGUCGCCAGCGUGGAGACCCUCAAUGAGGAUGGUUCUACCCCAGAAGUCCUUCAGGCCUGCAAGAUCCACGUGCUUAUCCUAGUUCUCCAUGGUGGCAACAUCCUGGACACAGGCUGCGGUGACCAGAGCAGUAAGCAGGGCGACGUGAACACUAUCAGCACAGCCUUUGAGACGGUGAUGCGUGUGCAUUACCCUGCAGCACUGGGCCGCAUCGCCAUCCGCCUGGUGCCUUGCCCACCGAUCUGUGCCGAGGCCUUCUCUCUGGUGUCCAGCCUGAGCCCCUACAGCUAUGAUGAGGGCUGCCUGUCCAACAGCCAGGAUCACAUUCCUUUGGCCGCCCUCCCCUUGCUGGCCACUUCGGCCCCCCAGUACCAGGACGCCGUGGCGACCGUCAUCUUGCGGGCCAACCAGGUGUAUGCCGACUUCAUCAAAUCUCUGGAGGGGGCCGCCUUCUCGGGACAGGUCUGCCUCAUUGGAGAUUGCGUGGGUGGCAUUCUUGGCUUCGACGCCCUGUGCAACAGUAACCAGACCGUGUCAGAGAGCCAGAACAGCAGCCGACGAGGAAGCAUGGUGAGCAUGCAGGACAAUGACCUGCUAUCACCGGGGAUCAUAGUGAACAGCAGCUACUGCUCGACAGGGACGUCGCUGGAGUGCAGCCGUCACCUGAGCCGCAGUAACAUCGACAUCCCGCGCUCCAGUGGCGCCGAUGACGCCAAGAAGCAGCUGCCACGCAAGCGAAGCGACUCCUCCACCUACGAGCUCGACACCAUCAAGCAGCACCAGGCCUUCCUCUCCAGCCUGCACUCCAGCGUCCUGCGAAAUGACCCCGGCUCCCGCCGCUCCAGCAGCAGCACCAUGCUGGAGGGGAAUUCCCUGGGCAAGUUCGACUUCGAGGUGUCCGACUUUUUCCUCUUCGGCUCACCCUUAGGCCUGGUCCUCGCCCUCAGGAAGACGGUCAUCCCCAUGUUGGAUGUUGCCCAGCUCCGCCCAGCCUGUCAGCAGGUAUAUAACCUGUUUCACCCUGCCGACCCCUCGGCUUCACGCCUUGAGCCCCUGCUGGAGAAGAAGUUCCACCUCUUGCCCCCCUUUAAUGUGCCCCGGUACCAGCGAUUCCCACUGGGGGAUGGCAACUCCGCCCUUCUGGUGGAGACAAUCCAGAGCAGCCCGCAGCUCCUGGUGGAGAGCAUGGGCGCCAUUUCCCUGCGCUGCCAGGAGGGCAUCAGCGAGACCAGUAUCCCCGUACCCGUGCUUAACUGGCAGGACGGCUCCCUCAAGGCCACGCCUGCCACCAUAGAGCCAGAUGUUGUUCAGUCUCAUGGUGGUGUCUUCGUGGACAGUUCGUACCCCUCCUCUCCCAUUACUGCCCCGCCCUGCCGGGGCCUGCGGAGGGCCAGUGAGGUCAGCAUUGCCAGCCAGGUCUCAGGAAUGGCAGACAGUUACACUGCCACCAACAUAGCCAACACAUGUCAACACAGCCAUUCAAAAAAGCGUAGGCUGCUAUCGCAGCUCACCCUCCCGCGCUCUAAAUUCUCUCUGAGGAGGGCCUCCUCUAAGCCCUUUAGAAAGAGGCUGGGCCCACAUGUGACCAGAGACUGCGGCCCUGUGGAGCAGGUAGACAGGAGCUCCACGAGCUCCUCCAGUCAGAGCGCCAGUAGGCCCUCUGAUUCGGUCCCGCUGGCCACUCAGCUGGACCCUGAGAAAGUCGCAGCCCGCUGGUGGGGCACCAAGCGCAUAGACUUUGCCCUGUACUGCCCCGAUGCCCUCACAGCCUUCCCCACCGUGGCACUGCCCCACCUCUUCCACGCCUCCUACUGGGAGUCCACUGACGUUGUCUCCUUCCUGCUGCGUCAGGUCAUGAGACAUGAGAAUUCCAGCAUCUUGGAGCUAGAUGGCAAGGAGGUGUCAGAGUUCACCCCCUCCAAACCGCGUGAAAAGUGGCUGAGGAAGCGGACCCACGUCAAGAUCAGGAAUGUCACAGCCAACCACAGGGUGAAUGAUGCCGUGUUCACAGAAGAUGGCCAGCAGGUGGUGACUGGGCGCUUCAUGUAUGGGCCACUCGACAUGGUCACCCUGACCGGGGAGAAGGUGGACAUCCACAUCAUGACCCAGCCUCCAUCGGGGGAGUGGGUAUAUUUUGCCACCGAGCUGACCAAUAGCAGCGGCCGCGUCUGCUAUGUCAUCCCUGAAAGCAAGCGCCUUGGUAUUGGGGUCUACCCUGUCAAGAUGGUCGUCAGGGGUGACCACACCUUCGCAGACAGCUACCUGACUGUGCUGCCACGGGGGACAGAGUUUGUGGUGUUCAGCAUCGAUGGCUCCUUUGCCGCCAGCGUGUCCAUCAUGGGCAGCGACCCCAAGGUGCGCGCCGGGGCAGUGGACGUCGUCAGGCACUGGCAAGACCUGGGCUACUUCAUCAUCUACGUGACGGGUCGCCCCGACAUGCAGAAGCAGCGUGUGGUGGCCUGGCUGGCACAGCACAACUUCCCACAUGGCAUCGUGUCCUUCUGCGAUGGCCUGGUGCACGACCCUCUCAGGCACAAAGCCAACUUUCUGAAGUCCUUAAUCAGCGAGGCUCACAUGAAGAUCUUUGCUGGGUAUGGCUCCACCAAGGACAUCUCCGUCUACUCCUCCAUAGGCCUGCCCCCAUCUCAGAUUUAUAUUGUCGGCCGUCCCACUAAGAAGAUGCAACACCAGUGUCAGUUCAUCACUGAUGGCUACGCAGCUCACCUCUCCCAGCUGGAGUAUAACCACCGCUCGCGUCCGGCCAAGACCAGCAGCGCCCGCAUGGUUCUCCGCAAGGGCAGCUUUGGCCUGGGCGCCAACAGCGACUUCCUGCGUAAGCGAAACCACCUUCUGCGCACCAUCUCCUCCCAGCCGACAUCUGGCUCGGCCGGUGGGCCGACACCGGGCGGCCAUGGACGUCCCGAGCGCACACAGAGUCAGUCGGAGAGUGAGCGGGAGCGCACUGAGCGUGCCCAGCGUAGCAUGAGCAUCGCUGCUGGCUGCUGGGGCCGCAGCGGGAGCACCAAGCAGGAGGCCGGGGCCCUGAGCCCCAAGUAGGGAGGGGGUGGGGGGACAGAACAGAGAGGGUGACCGACGGACAUGAGGAACAGAGGGAGGGGCGAAGGGAGAUCUGGGGGCAGCCGUCUCACACCCUUACACCUGGGGUCAAAGGGCAGCAAAGUGGGUAGGUUAAGAGCGAUUAAAAAAAAUUAAAAAAAAAAGAUAAAAAAUGUACAUGGUGCUAUUAAACCAUCCUGCGAGGCAAGCAAAAGCGUGAAGCAUCGGUAAACCUGAAAUAGCAAGAGGCUGGGAAGAGAAACCUAACACCGGAAAGUAGGAGUGGGCCUCAGGUUUAAGGGCAACCGACGCUCCACCAUUGAGAGCGUGGAGAAAAACCAAGAGUUUGGCAGGAGGUGGGGGGUGCGGAUGGGAGAACAAGGCGACAUUUUGGUGUGAGUUCCCCCCGCCCCCAGUAUCUACUAUCCCUUCCUCCUUACUGUAGUGUGACUGAGGAAGUUUAGCAAUUAAACAAGGAACUCUUAAAAAAAUGUGUACAGUGGAUGCCUGAUGUAUGUAGGGACAGUUGAGUCGAGUUAAGAUGUUUGCAGAUGUGACUUUUGCUUUAAGACUUGUAGAUAAAAAAAAUGAUACUUUGUAAUAAGGCAACAAUCCCUUUAUCUUGCCGAUCUACAUGCAAUACCUCCCGGGAAAAGUCUUCAUCAGUCAAGGUCUGAAUGCAGCAGUGGUUUUUCAUGGUGGCUUCACAGCAGUGUGGCCUGGACCAGUGGAUUGGGGGUCUAUGGCAGCUGCAUGUUUAUAGCAUGAAGAUCUUUGUAAACCUCAUGAUUGACAGCCACUAGCACCACCCCAUCCCUGUGCCCAUUCCUCAGAUAUGUGGGUGCCAUUCUUCGGCUGGGGAAAGGUGUCGGGGAUUUCUCAUGGAUCUUGACUGCAUAAACCCAGCUUAGGUGUUUUUUGGGGUGGGGGUGGUGUGAGCGACACGAACGACCCUCUGUCCCACAGACUCAGGUCUCCAGCAGGUGGUCUUGAGGACAAAAGUCAAAGGCAGCAUGCUCCAGCGUCUUCUGGGCAGGCCAGCGGCACUGGGAAGAUGGACUACUCUGGGUGCUCAGCCUCACAGGGCUGUGCUUCUGGGUGACACUCAUGCGCCCCCCCUGUUGGACAAACCAGGGAACUACACUAUUAUCAACAGCUGAACUGAAAACAAUUCAAUGGCCAAACUCACAUUCAAGAAGCUGUAGAAGCUCAACUGUAUAACCUCAUUGUUUUUUUGCACUAAGUUUAUAGUGGAGAAUCUUGUUACCAUUUCAUGUUGCUACAUAUUGAUAUCUUGUAGUGCAUGACCGCUAUUAUUUACUACCUAUACAGGUUGUCUGCUUCUGUGUGUAUUUCUUCCCUAGCAGGAUUGGACAGAUACCUUAUUAGGAAAUAGAUGUAUGUAUACCAAGUGGAUCAGGCUGAAUCCAACAUUUCCUUUUUAAUGUACAGGAACUUAAGCUUUGAAUGCUUAUUUUGCUCUAUUGAGGCAAAAGACUUGCUUGUAUAGUUUGGAUAACGAAGGCUUGUAUAAAAUAUAACAGAAGUAGCUUAAUUUUUACCCCUAGGUCCAUGAUUUAACCUUAGCGCACUCAGUCAGUGCAGAAGAGUGACAGGGAUAUAUGUAAAGUCCUAUGAUCCAAGCAAAGAGCGAUUCGAGUUCUAAGGGUAUAUUCUAGCAUAAUCGUGGAUGGUAACUGAAAAUAAGGUUUGUGGUCAUUUGCUUUGCACAGUAUUACCAUUUACGUUCAUGCAUACACUGGAAGGGUCUUAUUGGGUGGUUUUGGAAUACUUAUGACAUUGGAGCCUCAUAGCAUCCAUGUGGAAAUUUCGGAUACAGCCUUCCACUUUGUCUUCACCGUGAUGGAGGUAUGGAGGUGCAUGGAGCCACAUGAAGUAGUUUAAACUGCAGACUCUUUGCAGUUGAUUAAACAUAAACAUAGUGUAGAUAGUGUAAAGAUUAUGUAAAUGUCACGAAAAGUAGGAAUAUACAGCUGAGAAGUAUUUAUUUAUGCAGAUUUAUAUGGUUAUGGAUCCUUCAGGUUUAUUAUAUUUAAAGAUGUAGCUUUUUUUCUUGUUUCAGAUGUGUACAAGAUUGUUUUUAUGGACCAAUGAUAAUCUUUGCGCUUAAACAAACGAAUAUUCCGGUCACCAUAGCGACACCACUGCGCAGAGCAUCAUGGCACUGACAAUCAGUCUCUCAUACUCGCUACCCUUCCGUCCGCCCCGCGCAUGCCAGCGAAGGUCAGCAGUGGCAGAUUGUACCCACGUAGGCAGGGUGCCGGACGGUGGGGGGGCAGCAUCAGUCUGAUAGCUGCAUGGCUUUCCGGCAUGUGGAGAAUGACGCAAUUCAUUCCCAGCAUGCCUCCAGGAACUGUUUCGCACAAAAGGGUCCUUUACGUUUUAACGAUACCCAGCACAAAACUGUACAUUUAUAAAAUACAGCCAUCCUGCUUGCAUGACCUUACCUGUUGGGUUUGUCUUUUGUAGAAAUUUUAUACCUGAAAGGUGUAACAGGCCAGUCCACUAUGACUACAGCAGAGCCCAAACACAAGGAAAGGUGACAGGAUCAAGAUGAGUUCUUUGCAAUGCACCUUCAUCAUUUUAACUUUUACAGUCUUUCUAUCCCCUAUUCAUGUCAGAUUUUAAGCUCCUCCCUAAAAUUUCUGCCUUCAUCAUAUUUACUCUCACAAAGUUACCUUUAAAAGGAUAUUUCCAACUGAAAUGUCAGUGCAGAUCCUUUCGUAUAUCAGUGUAGAAUGUGAGCUGACAAUAUUCAUCACUGAGAAAACAUGGAGGGUAGAAAUUAUCCAUCCAUCUCCCGUGACUGCUUAUCAAGUGCAUGGGGUCAGUGGGCAUGGAGCAUAAGCCAGGCAGCGCAAGGCAGGAGGCGACCGACACCCACACGCAUUAUGGGAACAGUAUGCAAACGCAGCCUCUUUGAAAAGUCGGCAGAAGCCGGAAUAAGAAUCCCUCACAAACUCAGAGCCAGGGGGCCCAGUCCUGACGGUCUGAGGCUGCCCACAGCUACACCGUGCCACCCAGACAGCAUUCUCCACAGCAGCCCUUGUCGCAUAUGUACCGUUCAUCAAUCAUUCAAUUUAUAGGCCAUGAUCAUUAUACAUUGUUUUCAUUGGAGAAGCACCACCCUUAAAUAUUUCUGGUUUCUGAUCAUUUCAGUCUUGGUGCUAAGAAUAGACAGAAUAGCCACCUACUACUGGCCAUGUCACGCUAUCCCAGAACAUGAGAUUUGAAAAAAUCCAAAUCACUUCAGAGAAACAGAUUCUUUUUUUGAUGUGGAUUCUUACAACACAACUUAGAUGGUUGUGGGCAAGAGUGUGGAUCACCUACUGCAGGUUGUUCCAGCUGUGUGGAGGAGUGUUUCCUGCUGUCCCAAAACCACUAUCUCUACUGGGGGAAAUGGGAUUGGAAGUCCAACAGGAAGUCCAUCACAGCUCUAGAACAUCAAACCAGCUCAGAAACACUUGUCAACACCCAGCUGACGUCAAUGUUUACUAUUAUCCCAAAAUACAGUACACAAAUUUUCUAAAAAAAAAUAUAUAAAAAAUAAAUUAAAAAUCACAGAAAUAUUUUUCAGAAUUUUCUAUUUACCUGUAGGCAAAUGGCUUCAGAGUAUUUUUCUUGCUGAUUUCACAGGUGAUACAAAUUCAAACUUAGUAGUAACGUAAUAUUUAUAUACGAAAAGUCACAGGAUCAUCAAAGUCUCGACUUCAUUAUGACUGUGAUUCACAGUUUACUAAAUCAUGAAAAAGUGUAUAUUUCGUCCAAUAACAAAUAUGUACCGUCUUGGAAAUAUUCCUGGAUCUCUCUGCACACCCAGUCAAUUGAAAUGUCUUUUUAGAAUCCCAAAGUUCCGGACUUCAAAUUUUUUCCCGCUGGUUUGGAUUUCCCUUGAAACAAUGAUGAAAUUAAGAAUGGCUUGUUUAUUGGUAAUUUACAGGGAAUUUUUUACAGGCAUCAGUGAAACACACAAAAAAUUAAUUACACAUCCAAAAUGACGGGUCUGCUGCUUUUAAAGCAAUUGUAAUGUCCCAUGAUUAUUUAAAAAGUGUAACGGUAAUGAUUUACUCGGCUGAGCUCGUGUGUAAUCACUUCCCACAUUCAUAUUUUCCUCUUUCCUGGCUGUUAGUGCAAACGUUUCAAAAACUGGUAGUGCUCUGUGUACAAUUACGUCGUAGACAAUGUGGAUUCUAAAGAAAAUUGGACAGCUCUUUCAUUCUUUCGUGUUUUAUGUACAGUGUAUAAAUAAAUAUUAAGAAAUGACAGAUAA